ACCUGUGGACAUAACGCUGGCGUACAGGGCGGAAAAGCUGGUACAAGUUUUACAUGGGUUUGGCCGGUCUCAGUCUACUUCCUGCCCUGGCUGUUAAUGUCGUCGAUAUGACAGAUUUUCUAACCGUAAAAGUUUUUUGUCGUGACAGUGUCAAGAAAAUCCAAAUUAGAUGAGUCUCACAAUUCUGAGGAUCUGUGGCGAGUCUCGUUGAAACGAGACGAAAAAAUGACGAACACGUUCUCGGAGAGCCGCUUGUCGUUCUUGGGGAGCGGUUUAAAUGCCACCGACUGAUCUUCAUUUUUUGACAAGUCGCUCAUUUAAAUGCCACGAGUUUGAUCGUUUCGUGUUCGAAACAAACGAAAAAAGCAAGCAUGCACGCGACGAGGGCCGACACUUCUGAGAGACGAUUUGAGAUACAAUGCAAGUUGGAGUCGGAAAUAGCCGCCCUCGAAACUCUGAGGGAGGCGGAGGAGCGUAGCCGAAGACUGACGAGCGGAGUGGUCGGUAUUCUCUCCUCGUUGGAGGAACGUUUAGCUACGCUACGUCGCACGAUAUUGCCGGUCUACAAUGAAACCGGAAAUCUUCAAGCUCAGCAGCACAAUAUAGAAAAGACUUUAAGUGUGCUGGAUCACGCCAUCGGUUAUUACGGAGUGUGUCAAGAAGUGGAAGACGCGGUGCGCGCCGGGCCGAGCGGCCCCGGCGGAUUGGACGGCUUCCUCGAGGUCAUGAAUCGUCUAUACAACGCUCAGCGAUACUUCCAGAAGAACAAUCCGAGCUCGGUCGAGCUGGAGAAUGUCACGAGUCUGUUCAUGAGCGGCCAGGCGUCGCUUUACGGCGAGUUCCACGACAUCCUCACUCGUCAGAGCAAACCAAUACUUCCGAUUGUGCUUCUCGAUCUGAUCGGUUCCGACGAGGACACCAGUGGCGAGGACGCGCCGCAGUCUCUGUGCCAAUUGCCGGAGAGCGUCAUGAGCGAUUUGCUUAAGAUUGCCGGUUGGCUCGAGGAAAGGGGACUCCGUAACUACGUGAAAAUAUAUGCUUCUGUGCGUUCCAGCAUUGUUCUGCGAUCUCUGCAGUUGUUCAAAGAACAUCAGAGGAGCGCCAGCGGCGGUAGCACCCAUGCCGGAAGUCCGAUGCCGAGGGCGAAGUUUGCCAAUCGGCACUCUUUGACCGGUCAGGAGAACGCGGGGCGCAAAGCGUCGCGACGGCUGCAACACGCCUUGGAGAAGAAGGCUAACAGAAUGUUGCUGAAAGCGUCGCAAACAACGGGACUGAAUCUGUCCCUGACGACGUCCAGAAAGCCACAGCCGCAGCUCUCGCCGUACUCGAUGGAGGACGCGGCGCCCGACGAACAGGAGAUGGACAACUAUCUCCUGCUGGCGGCUGGUCUGCACAAGCUCAUGCAAUCCGAGCGAACGCUGGUCGCAAAAAUCAUGCCGGUCUCCCUGCAAUCUCAGGUUCUCGAGGCGACCGUGCGCGACGCGAUGGAUCUGGUGGCUCACGACGGCGACAGCAUAGCCACGCGAGCCAAACGAUGCAUCACGAGACGCGAUUUCUCCGCCGUUCUCGUGGUGUUCCCGAUCUUGAAGCAUCUUGGCGAACUGAAGCCCGAUCUUGAGAGAACGGUCGAGGGUUGCGAUUACGCGCUACGCUCCAAGUUCGCGUCCGUGCUCGACACGCUGAACGCAACUGGAGCUAAAGCUUUGGAGGAUUUCGCGGAGAGUGUGAGAAACGAGUCCGGCGCGCCUCUGCCGAAAGACGGUACCGUGGCGGAAGGAACGAGCAACGUUCUCGUUUUUCUGGAACAGCUGGCCGAAUACGCGGACACGGCCGGUGCUGUUCUGCGACGCAACAUCGAUGUGGAUCAAUCUGUGUCCGCGAAGAACGCGGAGAACGGACACAGAUUGGUUCUAGGCGUGUACGUCAAAAAGGUUCUCGCUCAAUUGAAUUUGGCUCUAGUGAGUAAAAGCGACGCGUCUUAUUCCGAUCUCGCUCUACGAGCUUUAUUCCGAUUGAAUAACCACAAUUACGUCGUUAAUGCUCUUCGGCGAAGUUCUCUUAUUGAGUUGCUGUUGCUGGCCGAACCGAGCGCGGAACAAACUUAUCACGAUCUGCUGCUCAAAGACAGAAACAAUUACGUCAAUACGACGUUCGCCAAAGCGCGAUCUUAUCUCGAGCAGUCCGCAGACGAGCCAGAUCUCGCCGCAAAGACAAUAAAGGAAAGAUUCUUGAAUUUCACGAGGGAACUCGAGGAAGUGGCCAAAUGUCAACGUUCGUAUUCGGUGCCCGACAGACGCCUGCGCGAAGAGCUGAGGAAGGAACUGCAAAACGCGAUCGUGCCGUUGUACACCGCGUUUCACAACAAAUAUCGCGGCGUGUCGUUUUCGAAAAAUCCAGCCAAAUACAUCAAGUACACGCCCGAUCAGAUAUCGUCGCUGAUCAAUACGUUCUUCGACGCCGCUGUGUAACAACAUCAUCGAACAAGAUAUACAUAAAAAUUGUUUUCGUUGAGAGUAAAAAAAAAAAAAAAACCUUAGCAAAAUAUUUAAUAAACACCCAUUUAAUAAAGCAUAUUUAGUUACAAUA